AUGAUUAGUGUGUUUCCCCUUCCAACUCUCCAGAAAGCACUUUCUAGCCCUUUCCUAUCUGCCAAACAACCACCUAUUCCCAUAGCCUCACCUCAGAUCUUCUCCUCUUUCAAGUACUCCGACAGCCUCACCGUCGUGGCCAUUUUGUUCUGCACUGCCAUAGUCUGCGAGGCUAUCUCCUGGCUCCACAUUUAUCGCAUCAAUUCCAACAAGUCGAGGUCCUCAAUUGACAAGGCUGCCAAGAAACUGGAGACGAUGAAAACCGAAUCCUCUACCAAGAUCGUCAAGAAAUUUAAGACCAAAAAGAUGGAUCGCGUCGAGACCAGUCUCAAGGAGUCGAGCCGCGACCUCUGCCUCUUCAAGUUCAAGUUCGGUGUCGUUGUCACCCUUGUCCUCUUUGUCUUCUUCCAUCUUCUUAACUCACUCUUCUUAGGGUUUUCACCACCACAUGGUGCCAGCUUCGGCCUUUUCCCCAUGCCAAAUCCCAAAACCAAUUGA